AUGGGGCUCGAUGAAAAUGACACCCGGGGCUGGGUGAUGAGCGGCGUCUCUGGAGUCGCUUGUAUCAUCGGUGCCGGUAUCAUCUGUGUGGAUUUAGUCAUACGUUCCUGCUGUGGUUUCAAAAGAUUCGACAUCACCACCAACUCGACAUUCUUAUCAUCGUCCAUGGGGUUGAGCGCCGGGGUUAUGGUCUUUUCCUCCUUGUAUAGCAUGCUACCCACAUCAAAAGAAUAUCUCGCUCGCUCAGGCCUGUCCGGGCCAGCUGCGGCCUAUACAUUGAUUGGCCUUUUUUUGGCCGGCGUGGUGGUCAUCAGUAUCUUCUCGGAUAUCGUCCAUCGCUACAUACCUUCCCAUAUCGUCGAUUGUACGCACACGCACGAGCCAACGGACGAAGAUCUCGAGCAUGGACGCGACGCCAUCAGUCAUAGUUCCCAGCAUUGGUACAGGGACACCUCCACCAAACCUCAGGAUGAAGAAAACGCCGAGGAGGGGCAACAAGAUAACGAGCACACACCUCUCAUUAACAAGGGGUCUAGUCAUCGCAAUGCGCAGUCUACACCAAUUCUGGUUUCCCGAGCCACUUGUCAGAUCCCGCCAUCGCCAUACCAGGAGUCAAUUCAACGCCGGCUGGGCCGUCAUGUUCACAAGUUCUUUCACGGGACGAAAGAAGUCUGCGAUGAAAGUGGGCCUUGUUAUGGGUUUUCCCAAGCUUGCGGGACAGAAUGUCAAAAGGUCAAAGAUUCGAGGAACGUCGCUGCUGUAGUCACUCCACUGGGCGUCUCAAGCCACCCACGCCGGAUUCAGCCUUUGACGAUAGAUCCGGGCCAGCAUUCGCACGACAGUGUACCCGACACUCCUUUGACUGUACGGCGUAUCCCGCUGGUCAGCCAAAGCGGUUCCGAAAUUCAUCGUUCAGAAGAUGAACAUCGUGGUCCGGAUUAUUUCGGGCAAGAUGCUGAUCAACAGGCUUCGUCGCAAGGAGAGGAUGUUGAUGACGAGUUGGCUACAAAUGGAAACCAUCUGCCCAGUCCUGGAGACACAGCAAAAACAUGGGGACAGCAUUCUACUCACUCCUCGGUACAACACCACCAUCACGUACCCCAGAACGCAUUUCUUUCGAUUGGUUUACAGACCUCACUAGCCAUUGCUCUCCACAAACUUCCCGAGGGUUUUAUUACCUAUGCUACCAACCACGCGAGCCCAACACUAGGCUUGACAGUCUUCCUUGCUCUUUUUAUUCACAACAUUACUGAUGGGUUCGCGUUGGCUCUACCUUUGUUUCUGGCUCUCAGGUCAAGAACAAAAGCAAUCGUUUGGGCUAGCGUGUUGGGAGGAUUCAGUCAACCAGCUGGAGCAGGACUCGCAGCUCUGUGGAUAUGGUUUACCGAGAGACAUCGAGAUCCAUCUGACACCGAGGGGACCUCAUGGGGUGUUUACGGAGGCAUGUUUGCAGUCACCGCGGGGAUCAUGACCUCCGUUGGUCUCCAACUAUUCAGCGAGGGUUUAUGCCUGACGCAUAACCGGAACAUUUGCAUUGGCUCUGCUAUUGCUGGUAUGGGGUUGUUGGGCGUUAGUUUCGCAUUGACGGCGUGA